AUGUCGUUAUCCUCGAUGGACACGGCCGCGUUUGGCCAGUCCUUCUCACCAUACACGACCAACCAGUCGCUCCCUCUCCAGCAACCACCCUUCCCUCUCCAGGCCCAACCAGCGCCUAGUUUUGCUCACAAUGUCCCGCAGCAGCGGCAGCAAUACCAGCAGCUGUCUGGCGCCUACGCGCCGCCCUACUCGCAGUCCACGUCGCCCUCGGCCGUAAUGCCCAUGGCAGCCUCUCCUUCGCAUCGUGUUCCACCAUAUGCUGCUUCUGCAGUCGCACAGGGCUCGCCUCAGCAAUCGCCCAUGGCUGCCCCGCAAUCUCGACCAAUCCACUCUCCAUCUCAUGGCGCAUCGCCAGUGAACCCGUUGCAAGAGAAGGAAAGGAUAUCGCUGCUGUUGGAAAUCAAUCUUGAAUUGCUACAGGAAAUGCACAGGCUGCAGGCGCAGGGCAAGGGCGGCGCAACCAGCCCGCAGGCAGCCGCCCACCUCAAGAAAGAGGGCCUGCCGGAUGCCCUUGCGUCCGACGAGUACACCCAGUAA